AUGGAUCGGCUUAUGUUCGCACCAUUGUAUCGCACAAUUCCUUGUGAGCUGAACUCGGAGCAAGCGGCUGGUGAGACCAUCAAUGACGACUCAAAGUUUGCCGUAUCGAUCGAUGUCUCCAAAUUCAAACCAGAGAACCUCAAAGUCAACUUGGACGGUCGAAACCUUACUAUCGAGGGCAAACAAGAGGUGAAGGAGGAAAACGGGUAUUCAAUGAGGUCAUUCGUUCGCCAAUGGGUUCUGCCGGGAAAUGUAAACCUUGACGCCAUAAAAUCCUCACUCACCGACAGUGGUCGUCUCUCUAUCGAAGCUCCCAAGAUUGUAAAACCAGAAGCGGAGACUGGCAGAUCCAUCCCGAUCGAACGUGGACCAGAUCUCGCGCAGGCUGAUCAACACUUCACGGCGAUCUUCCUGCAGUAUAUCCAGGCUUUCACCAAGACCUACGGAUACGGAUACGGAUAUGAUGCAUUGCAUAAGUCGAGGCUGUGCUCUACAUGA